AUGUUAAAAUCGGAGAGAGGUAAACAAGGUUUCGUUAUCAAACUCUCAUCUGAAACAGUUCAAAAAUUAAAUGAAGAAGAGCAGAAAGGUAAAAAUGAGGAAGAAUUAGCUAAAUUAACAUCAACUAGUCAGAUUGACACUAGUAAACAACAGGAAAAAACGGAACAACAGCAUAGUGUAGAGGUUAUAAAUAGCAAGGAGAAUGAAGAUUCUCAAGAGAAUAUUGAAGUACAAAAGGCACUAUUAAAUAAGUCUUCUCGUGAUACUUCUACAAGCACUUGUAAUGAAAAUUGGGGUGAAUAUGCUCCAUAUGUAACAUAUGAAGGUGAAGAUGCAUUCUAUACAGAUCCCAGUUCACAACAAAAAUAUAAAUGGAAUAAAACAACAAAUGCUUGGGAUCCUCAAGCAGGUUCAGAAGUAUCUGGAAGACAGUACACCUAUGAAGAUGAUACGCAUGUUUAUAUUGAACCAGAUGGAUCUAAGUUUUUUUGGGAUGAUGAGAAAAAAGCGUGGAUACCUAAAGUUGAUGAUGACUUUCUUGCAUUUUAUCAGAUGUCAUAUGGAUUUGUAGACAAUGCAAAAAAAGAGGCUGAUGGGGUAGAAAAGAAGAAACUAGAAAAGAAGCAAGACUCAGGCUUAAAACGUAAAAAUGAACCACAGUGGUUUGAACCAUCUGAUGAGAAAAAUACCAAGGUUUACGUGUCAAAUUUACCAUUAGAUACCACUGAAGAAGAGUUUGUAGAUCUAAUGCAAAAGUGUGGUCUUGUUGAAAGAGAUCCUAGCUCUCAAAAAAUGAAAAUCAAAAUGUACAUGGAUAAAGAACAAAAUUGUUUCAAAGGUGACGCUUUAUGUACAUACAUAAAAAUAGAAUCAGUUGACUUGGCUCUAAAUUUACUAGAUGGCAGUGAUUUUAAAGGGAACACAAUAAAGGUUGAAAAGGCUCAUUUUGAACUAAAAGGUGCAUACAACCCAUCAUUAAAACCCAAGAAAAAGAAAAAGAAGGAAUUAGAAAAAAUUAAAAAGAUGCAACAAAAGUUAUUUGAUUGGAGGCCUGAGAAGUUUAUUGGGGAAAGGUCUAAGCACGAAAGAGUAGUGAUUGUGAAGAACCUGUUUCAUCCAACUGAUUUUGAUAAGGAAGUGCAACUCAUUUUAGAUUAUCAGCAGGACCUGAGAGAAGAGUGUGGCAAAUGCGGUGAUGUCAGAAAAGUAGUUAUUUAUGACAGACAUCCCGAAGGUGUAGCUCAAAUCACAAUGAAGGAGCCUGAACAAGCUGAUGCUGUGAUACAAUUAAUCAAUGGAAGAUGGUUCGGUAAACGGCAAAUAACUGCUGAAAUAUGGGACGGCAGGACUAAAUACAGAAUUGCUGAGACCGAUGCCGAUAUUAGCAAGAGGAUAGACAAGUGGGACAAGUUUUUGGAACAAGAAGAGAAGGAAGGAAAGAGUACAGUCAGUACAGCCAAUGUAAAUAAUGAAGUAAAAGAUUCUGUCGCUGAAAAUAAACUCUUAACAAAUGUUGUAGAACAUACUAGUAAAUAG